AAACGAUACAAACCCUUCUACAUCUCCACCCCCAAAACCAGAGAAAAACCCUAGUUUUUAGCCUCAAAUCAAUGGCUUGGACUUGCUCAAAAUGCACAUUCAUCAACCCAUCAUCACAAAAAUCAACAUGCCAAAUCUGCUUAUCAACAAAAUCAUCGUCAUCAUCACCAUCUUUAUCAUUUUCACCUUCUUCUUCUUCUUCACCGUCACCAUCAAAACCCAAGUGGUCUUGCAAAUCCUGCACGUUUUUGAACCCUUAUCAGAACUCAAGUUGUGAAAUCUGUGGCACUAGAGCCUCCGCUUUGUUGCUCUCCAGUCUUGAGGAGGAUGAUGAUGACUUGCAUUCUUCAGUUGGGAAUGUUUUCUACCCAUUACAGCCUUGUAAGAGGAAAAUUAGGGAUGACCCAGUUGAGGUUAAAGAUGAUUGCAUUGCUUCUGAUGUGCUUCGUGGUGUUAAGUCGGCUAAUAAGGCAGCCCUGGUGUCGGAUGAAACUUACUCAGGCAAAGAUUUUGCAACAUGGAAGAUUUUGAGUUAUAAUGUUUGGUUCCGAGAAGAUCUCGAGAUGCAUAAAAGGAUGAAAGCUCUGGGUGACCUUAUUCAACUGCAUUCCCCAGAUCUGAUAUGCUUCCAGGAGGUUACUCCCAAUAUAUAUGACAUUUUUCAGCAAUCCAGAUGGUGGAAGGCAUACAGUUGCUCGGUUUCAAAUGAGAUGGCUUUUACAAGGCCAUAUUUCUGCAUGCAGUUAAGUAAACUGCCAGUGAAAGCCUACAGCUGCAUACCUUUCAUCAAUUCUGCAAUGGGAAGAGAACUUUGUGUUGCUGAGGUUGAAGUUAAGAAAGGCAUGCCAUUGAUUGUUGCCACUAGCCAUCUUGAGAGUCCCUGCCCAGCCCCUCCCAAAUGGGAUCAGAUGUACAGCAAGGAACGUGUAGAUCAGGCGAAGGAGGCCCUAGACAUUCUUAAGAAAAAUCCAAACGCGAUUUUUUGUGGUGAUAUGAAUUGGAAUGACAAGUCGGAUGGUCAAUUCCCCUUACCGGAUGGGUGGACUGAUGCCUGGGCACAGCUAAAGCCUGGAGAAAAUGGAUGGACAUAUGAUACCAAGUCCAACAAGAUGUUGACUGGUAACCGGACUCUGCAAAAGCGGCUGGAUCGAUUUGUAUGCAAUUUGCAUGAUUUCAAGAUAAGUGGAAUUGAGAUGAUUGGCAUGGAGGCAAUACAAGGGUUAUCGUAUUGUAAGGAGAAGAAAGUGAAAAAGGAGGUUCAGAAACUGGUGCUCCCUGUUUUGCCUAGUGAUCAUUAUGGCCUGGUUUUAACAAUUUGUCCCCAGUAAGUGAUUGUAUCUGGGAAGAGUGAACUGCUGAUGGGUUUUUUGGCUCUUCAAUUGUAGCAUACUUGGUGUGCUUUUUUUUUUGUACAUCUGACUGCUAAAAUGGUGAGAAGGGCUUGUACUUCUUGGAUGGGGGCAUUGUUUUCCACAUUUUGUAAGAAACUUCUUUGUGGAAAUGGCUAGUUUGCGUAUAUUUCCUUUUGCUUA